UGGAGGAUGUGGACUCAUGGUGACAGAGCAAUGGCUUUUGGAGUCUAGAGGAGAAAGGAAAAUGUCCACCCUGCUUAGUCAUUGUUCCAGGAGAACCAGAAUUUCCUGCCUGGGCAACAGUCAAGCCCUGAGCAGGGUGGCCAUGUGCGUGGGGAGGUGCAGCAGGAUCGUGGGGCCCUGCCUGCUGGUGCUGGGCACGUUCUCCAUGGCAGCCAACGUCCUCCUGCUCUUCCCUGGUGGGACAGCCAAGUACCUGCUGGAAGGGCACAUCAGCAAGCAGGCCAAGGCGGUGCCGGGCGUCUGGGGAGGAGGUCUCUUGGUGCUGCUGGCAGCCACCUACACGGCGGCGGUGGGAUGGAGAUGUCCUGGCUGCUCCGGCUGCGGCACCCGCAGCAACGCUUUCAUCUCUGCCGUGCUCUCCAAGCUGGCUCUCCUGGGUGCUGCUGCCUGCUUUGUCCUCUCUGGCGUGGGCUUGACCAAUGGACCCCUCUGCUUCUACAAUGCCUCUGAGUAUGGACAAGGUCUCCUCUGGGGCUACCCCUUCCUGGAUGUGGGUGGCCAGGAGCCUGAUGCCAGGGCAGGGAACUACCUGCACGACCGUAGCACCUGGAGCAUCUGCCUGGAGCCGGCGGGGGUGGUGGCUUGGAACGUCGUCCUCUUCUCCCUCCUGCUGCUCCUCAGCGCCGCCGAGAUGGUGCUGGCCUCCCUGCAGGUGCUCAACGGCUGCCUCGGCUGCCUCUGCGGCUUUUGUGAGGGCAAAUAGGGACCUUCUAGGCUGCCCUUGCGGGAGGCAGGGUCCCCACCCGUCCCUCAAGCAGGUGCCACGGCC